AUGGCAUUGGUAUCAUGGGAAGUUCUAUGCAGACCAAAGAAGUAUGGUGAAUUGAACAUAAAGGGAUGUAAAAGUUGGAAUAUAGCAUCAGUUGGGAAAUUACUAUGGCAAUUAGUGACAAAUAAAGAAGUGUUGUGGGUGAGAUGGGUACAUGGGGUGUAUAUGAAAUCAUGUAGAAGCAUCUGGGAUCAUAGGCCACCAUCUGAUUGUAGUUGGUAUUGGAAGAAGUUAAAUAGUUUAAAACAAAAUAUGGCACAAUGGUAUCAUGGAAGUACAUAUAGGCUGACUAGCAAUUGGCAGUAUUCAGUAUCUAGCAACUACAAUGCAAUGCUAGGACAAUUGUCAAGGUGUAGGGAAAUGGAGUUGGUAUGGAGUAGGACACUGCUGCCAAGACACAGAUUUGUCCUGUGGCUGGCAUUCCAACAAAAAAUGCAAACAAAAAGCAGAUUAGUACAGAUGAACAUCCCUAUAACAGGUAAUGCUGAAUGCUGCCUAUGUGAUCUGGGAGUGAUUGAGACACGACAACAUCUGUUUAGGGAUUGCAGUUGGUUUAAAAACAUGAGAGAUGCACUAACAAGUUGGGCAGCAAUAAGGUUACCAAACAUGGCAGUACCAAAGAUGUUACAGUGGAUCAAAAGAAGGCACUGGAAAAAUAAAGAAGAAGGUUGCAACAGCAAUCAUAGGAGCAAUGGUAUACCACACUUGGCAAGCGAGGAACUGGAGAAUUUUCAGACAAAUUAG